CCACUAAACCAUGAUCAUCUUGAAAUAAGACGAAGAAGUUUCCGUUUUUCCUCUCGUUUGUUCGACUUCUACUUUAUUUGUCUCAGCUUUUAAGUUACGAUUUUUUUACGGAGACCCCUAAAACACGUUAGAGAAGCAACAUCCUUUUUGUCGUCACUAUUGUCAAAUUGAAAUGUUUUUAGGUGUCGUGCUUGUGUUGUGCCGCGCAAGCUAGCAGCUGGCAUUAGCUCUGUUUGGUGGCACCUUGCAGCAAGUGAACGCACGUUUGCAUAGUUUUUAAACGAACAAAUAAACACGUUCACACCGUUUAUUUGCGUUCCCGUCACGAUGGCAGCCGCCUCCGUGGUUCGGCUGGUUGCUUGCUGACUGUCAUGCUGAGAUUAGCUCGUCUUUUCCGGGUAGUUACGUUAACGAGAAGCGUCUGCAGCGCCUCCGCCGAAGACAUGGCCAAGGGAAAGUUUUUCUAUGCCGUGAAGAAAGGAUUCCAGCCUGGUGUCUACAGCUCCUGGGACGAGUGUAAGGCCCAGGUGGACAAAUUCCCAUCGGCUUCCUUUAAGAAGUUUGCCUCUGAGAAGGACGCGUGGGCCUUUGUUCGAGGAGUGGAAUCGUCUGCAGCUCCACAACUGCCCAAAGCAGUGGAACCCGAUUUGUAUGUACUUCCGAAAAAAGGGCCAGAGCCUCUGGAGUACAUCCCACUAGGCAAGAAGAGAAGUCGCAUGGAGGAGGAGGAGCAGCAGCAGCAUCAGAAUGCCGUGGUGCCUUCCAAACGCAUCAAAGAGAACCACAGUUCAUCUACAGACAGCACAGAUGGAUUCACGUACAUGGGUGACGCCGUCGUGGUUUACACUGACGGCUGCUGCUCCAACAACGGAAAACGUGGCGCUCGGGCUGGGAUCGGCGUCUACUGGGGCCCCCAGCAUCAUCUGAACGUUGCUGAGCCGCUGCAGGGGAGACAAACCAACCAGCGUGCAGAAAUCCAGGCUGCAUGCAUGGCGCUGCAACAAGCCAAAGAACAAAACAUCAAGAAGCUGCUGGUGUACACGGACAGCAAGUUCACCAUCAAUGGCAUCACAAAGUGGGUGAAGAACUGGAAGCUAAACGGCUGGCAGCUCAAGUCAGGCGGUACCGUCACCAACAAGGAUGACUUUGAAAAGCUGGACCGCCUCAAUGGGGACCUGGAGGUGGUCUGGAUACACAUCCCAGGUCACGCGGGUUACCGAGGCAACGAGGAGGCCGACAGGCUGUCCAGAGAAGGAGCAGCGAAGUCCUCACAUCAAGAACUCCACUGACUACUACUACGAUGACAUUUUAAUUUCUGAGGUGGUUGUCACCUUCUCCGCAUUCUUGUUGACUGAGGCUCUCCCUCUAUGUCCUCUCGUUUUUAUUAGUUACAAUAAACAUGUUUUCUGCCUCGUC